GGCGGCGGCGGCGGCGGCGGCGGGCGUUGCGAUUGACUGCGUUUCUGGUGCCCGGGCCGCGCUCUCUGGCCUCCUUCCCUGCACUGGUUGACUGCAGUGCCACCGGCGCCAUGUCUGUGAGCGAGAUCUUUGUGGAGCUGCAGGGCUUCUUGGCUGCGGAACAGGACAUCCGAGAGGAAAUCCGAAAAGUUGUACAGAGUUUAGAGCAAACAGCUCGAGAAAUUUUAACUCUACUUCAAGGGGUCCAUCAGGGUACUGGGUUUCAGGACAUUCCAAAGAGGUGCUUGAAAGCUCGAGAACAUUUUGGUACAGUAAAAACACAUCUCACGUCUCUGAAGACCAAGUUCCCUGCUGAACAGUAUUACAGAUUUCAUGAGCACUGGAGGUUUGUGUUGCAGCGCUUGGUCUUCUUGGCAGCAUUUGUUGUGUAUUUGGAAUCAGAAACACUAGUGACUCGAGAAGCAGUUACAGAAAUUCUUGGCAUUGAGCCAGAUCGGGAGAAAGGAUUUCACCUGGAUGUAGAAGAUUAUCUCUCAGGAGUUCUGAUUCUUGCUAGCGAACUGUCCAGGCUGUCAGUCAACAGUGUGACUGCUGGAGACUACUCCCGGCCCCUUCACAUCUCCACCUUUAUCAAUGAGCUGGAUUCCGGUUUCCGUCUUCUCAACCUGAAGAAUGACUCAUUGAGGAAGCGCUAUGAUGGCUUGAAGUAUGAUGUGAAGAAAGUAGAAGAGGUGGUCUAUGAUCUCUCCAUCCGUGGUUUCAAUAAGGAAACAGCGGCUGCUUACGUAGACAAAUAGGAGGCCCUUCCCUCCUCCUGGCCUGUUUACUUCAGCGGUUGCCAGUGAGGGGUGAGCACAGUGCCUCUUGCGGUAGUUAGAAUGCCCAGUUGCUAAACACCGUGCUUUAUUUUCUUAACCAGUUAUGUGGUGUAUCAGAAGUGAAACACUUUUUUGGGGGUUAAAAAAAAUCAAGGACAGAAUUUUCUUUGUUGUUUCAGUGAAUUUGCUCUGUAAUCCAGUGUGUUUCAUUUUCGUCAAGAAAUGUAAGUGUCAAUUUCUUGGUAAAGUCCUUUUCUUGCUUA